CGUGUUUGGAGGAGAUGGACCGGGAUCAGAACCAGGAUCAGAUCCAGAACCAGGACCAGGAGUCCAGCAGGACCAAAGCGGACUCUUCCUCCGCUGGUCUGCAGAAACAUAAAGCCAAAGAGAGAACCACAAGUUACUGCUGGGAUAUGAGGGAUAAAGUCCUCACCUCUUCACCAGGUCUGAAGGUCCGAAAGAGGAUUCAUACUGAAGAGAAGCUGUACACCUGUGAACAGUGUGGGGCAGCUUUUACCACAUCAACUAUUUUAAAGGGUCAUCAGCGUAUCCACACUGGAGAAAAGCCACACAAAUGUGAUCAGUGUGGUGUGGCUUUUACCCGACAAGGUGAUCUAAGGCAUCAUCAGCGUAGUCACACUGGAAAUAAGCCUUACAGAUGUGAUCAGUGUGGGGCAGCUUUUAACCAACAAGGUAAUCUAAGGAGUCAUCAGCGUAUUCACACUGGGGAUAAGCCUUACAGAUGUGAUCAGUGUGGGGCAGCUUUUACCCAACAAGGUGAUCUAAGGAAUCAUCAGCGUAUUCACACUGGAGAGAAGCCUUACAGAUGUGAUCAGUGUGGAGCAGCUUUUACCCAACAAGGUCACCUAAGGAGUCAUCAGCGUAUUCACACUGGAGAAAAGCCGUACAAAUGUGAUCAGUGUGGGGCAGCUUUUACCCAACAAGGUUGUCUGAGGAGUCAUCAGCGUAGUCACACUGGAUUUAAGCCUUACAGAUGUGAUCAGUGUGGGGAAUUUUUCACCAGACAAAGUCAUCUAAGGAGUCAUCAGCGUAUUCACACUGGAGAGAAGCCGUACAGAUGUGAUCAGUGUGGGGCAGCUUUUACCCGACAAGGUGAUCUAAGGCGUCAUCAGCGUAUUCACACUGGAUUUAAGCCUUACAGAUGUGAUCAGUGUGGAGCAGCUUUUACCCAACAAUGUGAUCUAAGACGUCAUCAGCGUAUUCACACUGGAGAUAAGCCUUACAGAUGUGAUCAGUGUGGGGCAGCUUUUACCCAACGAAGUAGUCUAAGGAGUCAUCAGCGUAUUCACACUGGGGAUAAGCCUUACAGAUGUGAUCAGUGUGGGGCAGCUUUUACCGAACAAGGUAGUCUAAGGAGUCAUCAGCGUAUUCACACUGGAGAGAAGCCCUACAGAUGUGAUCAGUGUCCGGCAGCUUUUACCAUGUCAUGUAAUCUAAAGCGUCAUCAGUGUAUUCACACUGGAUAAAAAAUUGUCUGUUAUCAGUGUGGGGCAGCUUUUACUCAGAGAGCUCAGUUAAAGGUACCAAUUUAGACAUGAAAUCCGGAGUUUUGUUUUCAGUUUCAACUGAAAAAUGUUUUUAUCUUACCGUAUUUUCACGACAAUAAGGCGCAUAUUCUUCUUUUAUAGUCUCUUUUUUUUCAAAAUGUGUGUCGUUAUUGUAAGGCGGACGUAGUUGAGGCCACCAUGAGAAUGUUAAAGGGGGAAGUAUGGGCGCGUGAUUUGCGGAUGUAGUUGAAGCCACCAUGAGAACGUCCAGGUGAUUUCAUGAAUCACCAUCGCUGUUGAUCUGUGACUCUAUGCGUGACCAUCUCACAGCCGAUGUGGAAAAAGAAGUGAAACAAAUGAACGCUGCGCUU